UCGUGCACUGUUAUUCUUUUGCUAGAAAAUCUCGAAUGGGAACGGGAUAAUCACUGAGUGAAACACUAUUAUUGCUUUGCAGGUCGCACAGAGGUAGACAUUGGCAAAGUCCAACUGAUGCCACAUAUGCUGCAGCGCUUCCGCGCCUUGAUACAAAAACGGGCGCUGUAUUUGUGGCGCACACCUUUCCUGUUCGUGAUUGGCUGGAUCCUCCCUGUGGUCAUGGCAUACAUUGGUCUUACGGUAUUCAAGCUAAACCGCGUGGAACUGCCGCCGGAUUUCAGUCACUUCAACCUGAGCACAAUUUUAUCUGAUGGAGCUGAAGAACAACCAGCCCAAGUCUUCAUUGAAGAGGUCACACCGAACGACAAUUCUCUGCGCUACAAGGUGCUUCUAGAGACCCAGAACGUACCAUACGAAGUGUUCACGGAUACGAAGAAGACUCUUUUGGCCAAGUACAACGAGGACUUUUUUCACUACAUGUUGACCUAUGCGUUCGGCAGCGUCUUCAACACAACAGAGUAAGUGAAGUUCGCGGUAAUUCACGGAUAUUGGGAACAUAUCUCUUCUGUUUAGCCGCACCCAAGUACCUUGCGGUGGACUAAUACUUUAACAUUACAAAUCCUUGUGAUGGCGCAAACUGUGACACGUGUGCACAGCACCAAGAGUGACGAAUAAAGGAGGUGAGUGAGGUUACAGAAAUUCAGCUCGGUUACAGCUCGUGGGAACGUUUGGGUUGACCAGCAUGUCUUUAGUGAUGAUUCUGCAUCUGAUUUUCGG